ACGCGCGGGGCGCUCGCUCCCUGGCGGCUUCGCGCGCCCCUCCUCCGCUUUAGUUUCUUCUAGAGCCCAGGCCCCGCCCGUUGCCCGCCUCCAGGGCCUGGUUCGUUCCCGCCCCUGCCCGCUCCUGCCCGCCCCUCUCUGCUCCCUGCUGCUUCUGCUGAAGGCGGAGGCUCCAUGUUGUCCCCUCAGCGAGCGGUAGCGGCGCCCUCGGGAGGUGCAGGUGAUGCCAUGGAGAGUGGGAAACCUGGCCCAGUGCAGGUGGUGUUGGUUCAGAAAGACCAGCAUUCCUUUGAGCUAGAGGAGAAAGCCUUGGCCAGCAUCCUGUUGCAGGACCAUAUCCGGGACCUCGAUGUGGUGGUGGUGUCAGUGGCUGGUGCCUUCCGGAAGGGCAAGUCCUUCUUUCUGGACUUCAUGCUACGAUACUUAUAUUCCCAGAAGGAAGGUGGCCAUUCAAAUUGGUUGGGUGACCCAGAAGAACCAUUAACGGGAUUUUCAUGGCGAGGGGGCUCUGACCCAGAAACUACGGGGAUUCAGAUCUGGAGUGAAGUUUUUACUGUGGAGAAGCCAGGUGGGAAGAAGGUUGCUGUAGUUCUGAUGGAUACCCAGGGGGCAUUUGACAGCCAGUCCACUGUGAAAGACUGUGCUACCAUCUUCGCCCUCAGCACCAUGACAAGUUCUGUUCAGAUUUAUAAUUUGUCCCAGAACAUUCAAGAAGAUGAUCUUCAACAGCUACAGCUCUUCACAGAAUAUGGCCGCCUGGCAAUGGAUGAAAUUUUCCAAAAACCCUUCCAGACACUGAUGUUUUUGGUUCGAGACUGGAGCUUUCCUUACGAAUACAGCUAUGGAUUGCAGGGAGGAAUGUCGUUUUUGGAUAAACGCCUGCAAGUGAAAGAGCAUCAGCAUGAAGAAAUUCAGAGUGUCCGAAACCACAUUCACUCAUGUUUCUCCAAAGUCACCUGUUUCCUUCUGCCACACCCAGGGCUCCAGGUGGCCACAAGCCCUGACUUUGAUGGGAAGUUGAAAGAUGUUUCUGGCGAAUUCAAAGAGCAGCUACAGACAUUGAUACCAUUUGUGUUAAACUCUUCUAACUUAAUGGAAAAGGAGAUCAAUGGUUCAAAGGUCACCUGCCGGGGGCUGUUGGAGUAUUUUAAGGCAUAUAUUAAAAUUUACCAAGGAGAAGAUCUGCCUCACCCCAAAUCCAUGCUCCAGGCCACUGCUGAAGCCAACAACUUAGCAGCUGCAGCCUCCGCCAAGGACAUUUAUUAUAAACACAUGGAGGAGGUUUGCGGAGGAGAGAAACCUUACAUGUCUCCUGACAUUUUAGAGGAGAAGCACAGUGAAUUCAGACAGCUUGCUCUUGACCAUUUUCAGAAGACCAAGAAGAUGGGUGGGAAGGAUUUCAGCCUCCGCUACCAGCAGGAGCUCGAGGAGGAGCUCAAGGAGCUCUAUGAGAACUUCUGCAAGCACAAUGGCAGCAAGAACGUUUUCAGCACCUUCCGCACGCCUGCUGUCCUCUUUGCGGGCAUCAUGGCCCUGUAUGUCGCCUCCGGCUUCACUGGCUUUGUUGGCCUGGAGGUCGUGGCCCAGCUGUUCAACUGUAUGAUCGGGCUGCUGCUAAUAGCGCUUCUCACCUGGGGCUAUAUCAGGUAUUCUGGCCAGUACCGUGAGCUGGGUGGAGCUAUCGACUCUGGAGCAGCGUUUGUGUUAGAGCAGGCGACGUCCCACAUCGGUAAUUCCACUCAGGCUGCUGUGAGAGACGCGCUGGUUGGCAGACCGCCUGUGGAUAAAAAAACUCAGUAGCAAGAUAACAAGAACCGGACCAGUCCCUGCUGAUUCCUGGGGUUCUGCCAUGGCCACACGUCUCUGUCCUGAGGAACACAGAUCUGGGGCCACCAGGAUGAGCUGGAUGUGGCACCAGUGAACACACAGACCUCGCCUGUGGCCUCUGAUCCUUGAAAACACUUCCAUUUCUGCUGGAAGCAUUUCUUUUCCUUGCUGAUAUAGAUCUAAGCCUGUGUCUAUUUUCUUAUUACUCUGCUUUGUGCACUUUAUUGGGGGGAAAGCUAAGGGAAAGGAGAAAUGUGGUUUGAGUCCUUUCUUGUGCCGCUCAGUGCCUUGUAAGAUUGAAUUUAAGCUUUUGUGGACAUUUAGGGGAGGGGAUCGAGUACGCCUUCAUGGAAGAUGCUGUUUUGGGGUCAAACUUGUCAGUUCUUUCAUACCUUACUCUUUUGAGAAGGAAUUAUUUUUUAAAAAGUUUACAGAACUUGCAAAAGCUUCAGACCUAAACACUGAAAAUGAUGCCAUUACACUUUCAAAAUCGUAGACCAUCUUGCCUGUCACAUAGUGUGGGAAAAUCAUAUCAUAGUUAAAUCUACCCUGAAAUUUAAGGUCUUUGACCUGAUAGGCUGGCAGUUUUAUUUCUGCCUUUGUUUCCAUAGCUUCUUUCUAGAAAAGAGGCAAAUAUGCCUUGAAAAGUCAGUAGCCUAUAAUAAAAGGAAGUAAGUUCUUAUUUUCUCUUAUUAUAAAGAGAAAAAAGCUUGAGGUUAAGUGAACCAUGUGACCUCUGAUAAGUCACUUGAACUUGUGCCUUGGUUAGCUUGUAGACGUAUGCACAUACCACACAGCACCACACAGCUGUCAUUUGGGAGGUUUUGUUUUGACAAUUCUGCAUAAGAACAGAACUUUAUUAAGGAUUAGAGGAAAGACAUGACCAAAUAUUUCUGCCUUGAACAGAUGUUCUACUUCAUGUCAGUUAGCAGUAAAUCAGGUCUUUAUCCAAAAAUAUUUUUUUGCAUACACUAAUACUUUUAAUAAUGAAUCUAAAACUUUCAUUUUUUUUAUUUAGUGAAUCUCCCUUUACUUCACUUUACUUUACUAGUCUGAUAGCUUUAAAAUAGCUCCAGUUUAGUGAGAACCAAAAUCUCACCCAAAUAUGGACACUAAGUUUUUCAUUUACCUCGAUUUUUUUUGUGUGAUAAAAUUUUUUUGUCUAUUGCUUUUUUCUUUGACUUAUAAUGGUGAAUUAAUUGUGGAUUUUAAAAUGUCUUAAAACUUGCCUGCAAGUAUUUCUAUAUAAACAUUCAGGUAUAAGCCUUAAUUCUGAAGAUAAUUCAAAUUUUUUGGGGGGAGGAAGGUAGGAUGACAGAGUCUGAGUGUAAUUGUAGCUAUGUGAAAUAUAUGACUGAAAGAUGCAGGAAAGACAGUGUCUUCUAGUGUGGAAUCUAUCAAGUAAUUCCUUCUCACUACUUUAACACUUUAUUAAACUAUUUUUGUGAGCAGUGAAUUAAUUCCAGUAUUUAUGUUCUUUUCAUAGCUAUAUACCUUGGUGCCCAGAUGUUUUUGCUCUUAUCUACUCACCAUUAAACUUUAGUAAAGUUCCAGCUUGUUCAAAAACUUGACUUGUAUACCAUUGAUGGUUAGCGGUGACUGUUAAAUCAGAAGCUUCUGAAAUUUUGGUGUGUUUUCCCAUGUCCUCUGUUCUCUAAGGUUCAUCCUUAUUAACUCAUGGAGGUUGAGAUGCUUUGCUUUUAAUACAUUCUGUCAGCACACUAAUUGUCGUGCGUGGCCCUGCUUUUUACAUGGUGAGGAGGGGACAAUGUGUCUAAAACUCACUGUAAUACUUAAGUUUUAGGUCACUUUUUUUCCUUUUAAGGAAUUAUGUGAUAAUGUAUGACUUAAUCUUAGGUAUUUAAUUACUGCUUAACUGCUUACACUCAACAUUUCUUUUUUGGCUCUUACAAAGAAUAACUUGGCUUAAUUACCAUGGGGGAAGUUUUCUUGUUUUUUAAUUUUUGGGGGAUCUUUAUCAGUUAAUCUUACCCUGCCUCUGAAAAUUGUUUAUAAAAUUUUCUCAGUGAGGAUUUCUUUUAAGUUUUCUAUGGCCUCUUUUUAAUAGUAAAUUGAUUUUAUAUUCCCUUGUUCAAUAAGAUGCAUCCUCAUUGCUGACUGUAAAAACUUACAGAGGAGAUUUAUAAUUAAGUUGAAAAGUAUAUCUGACCUCUUCCCUUAGCCUUCAUUUUUGGGCUAUUACUUCGGAAUUCAGAUUGCCUUCAAGCUGUUCUACAACUGCUGACCUUCCACACAGGCAUUUCUGAUUUGCACAUUCCUAACAGUAGAUGGGACACAUUCCUAUUUCCUAUUAACAUAAAAAAAGUUUUCAGGAUUUUCUAUUAAAGCUAAUUUCAAAGAUGGUGUUGCUAAGUUCUUUGUUUUUUUAAAUACUUCCAAUCAGUUAUAGUAAAAAUGGACUCUGAGUUUCUGUUCUUUCACAGAGAAAUCUUUCCAAAUUGGUUUGUAGACAAAAUGAGGGCAGAUUAUCAAGUAUGAUGGUUAUGAAAUCUUUUGAGCUUCAGAGUCAUACUUUAUUUUCAGAGUGUACCACCAGAUAUCUUCUGUGGGUGUUGUGUUAACACUUUAUCUUUGAUAAAAUCACCUAUAAAUGAUUUUUGUUUUAUUCUUUUACUCAGCAUGAAAUAAAAUGCUUUUGGUAAACUCA